AUGCCCAGGGAAAGCCCAGAAGUCCAAGUGGGAGCCCAGCCCGAUCCAGGGGAGCCUUCUCAGGAGCAGGAGGCGGAGCAGCAAGUGAGCUGGAGCCAGCAGUUGCCGGCCCACAGCUCCCAGGACGCUGUGCCGGCUGUGCCAGCUGGCAACAGCCCGUGCCUGGUGGCGGAGACGACCCAGGAGGUUCCUCCAUCUCCAGGAAGCUGCUCUGAGAUGGCCACUGACUACCAGGAAGGCCUUUCUGCCCCGGCAGUCCUCAACAGCAGAGUCCAGUCCAGCGACGGUGCCGCCCUGCCCCGCUGCCCUCCGGCUCCUGCAGCCGCCUCUGCGCGCUCCCCUGCCCCAGCUCUGCCGCUCGCCAGCCCGACGGCUGCAAGGCGGUGGCCGCUGCCCGGCGCGCAGCAGGAAGCAGGGCAAAAGAAGAAGCUGCAGGAGCUGUACCAGCUGGGCCCGCAGCUGGGCAGCGGGGGCUUCGGCGCCGUUUUCUUGGGCAUCCGCCUCUCGGACGGGAGCCCGGUGGCCAUCAAACGCGUGGCCCGGGAGAGCGUCCUGCAGUGGUACGAGCUGCCCGACGGCACUCGUGUUCCCAUGGAGAUCGUGCUCAUGGAGAAGGUGGGCUCUGGCGCCCACAACAUCAUCCGGCUCCUCGACUGGUUUGAGCUGCCUGACAGCUUCUUGCUGGUGAUGGAGCGUCCGGAGCCAUCGCAGGCUCUCCUGGCCUUCCUGCUGGAGCAGGGGUUCCUGUGCGAGGAGAUGGCGCGCUGGCUUUUCUGCCAGGUGCUGGAGGCCGUGCGGCACUGCACCGCCUGCGGCGUCCUGCACCGGGACAUCAAACCGGAGAACCUCCUCGUGGACCCAGAGAGCGGCGACCUGAAGCUCAUCGACUUCGGUUGCGGCACCUUCCUCCAGGAGCAGGCCUUCACGCGAUUUGCCGGAACACACAUGUACAGCCCACCCGAGUGGAUCUGCCUUGGCUGCUACCACGGCCAUUCAGCAACUAUCUGGUCCCUGGGCAUGCUGCUGUAUGUCAUGGUCUGUGGGAACAUGCCCUUCCUGGAGGACCGUGACAUCGUGUCGGGGCAGCUCUUCUUCUGGCAGCAGGUCUCUCCAGAGUGCCAACAUCUGAUCCGCUGGUGUUUGUCCAAGCACCCCGCGGACAGGCCAGCGCUGGAGGAGAUCUUGCGCCACCCUUGGGUGCGGGGCAGCAUCUUUGAUGCCUUACCGGAGCCUCUGCAGCACCCGGUUACCGAGUCCCACGCAGGACUGAAGACCCGAGAAAUAAAACAACCACAAACCCAUGCCGCGGUGUCAAGUCUGGUCCUGGUUAGCAACUUCAGCUAA